AUGGACUUCAUCACUGGUUUUCCUCGCAUUCCACGAAGGUUUGAUUCCAUUUGGGUAAUUAUCGAUAGAUUGACAAAAUCUGCUCAUUUCUUAUCAAUGAGCUCAAUUUAUAGCACAUUUUUGGAGAUCGUUUCAGAAAGGUCUAGGGACUCAGGAAGUUGGGAUCAACAUCUUCCUCUUAUCGAGUUCGCUUAUAAUAACAACUUUCAAGGUAGUAUUCAGAUGGCCCCUUACGAAGCACUAUACGGGCGGAAGUGUAGGUCCCCAAUAGGUUGGUUUGAGCUCGGGGAAGCAGAUUUGCUAGGUCCGAAUCUAGUCCAACAAGUGAUUGAAAAGGUUAAGCUUAUUAAAGAUCGGCUUCAUACAGCACAGUGUCAACAGAAGUCUUAUGCAGAUGUUCGCCGAUGGAACUUAGAGUUUGAGGUAGAAGAUUGGGUUUUCCUGAAAGUAUCGCCUAUGAAGGGCAUCAUGCGAUUCGUAAAAAAAGGGAAGCUCAGUCCUAAGUACGUUGGACCGUAUAAGAUUAUUCAGAAGAUCGGUAUGGUGGUAUACGAGCUUGAUUUGCCUUCAGAAUUGGAAGCGGUUCAUCCUGUAUUUCAUGUUUCUAUGUUGCGGAAGUGCAUUGGAGAUCCUUCACGUAUUAUUCCCAUUGAAAAUAUUUGUAUCGCUGAGGAUUUAUCUUAUGCAGAGGUACCAAUAAUGAUUUUAGAUCGGCAAGUAAGAAAGCUUCGAAAUAAAGAUGUACCUUCUGUGAAAGUGUUAUGGAGAAAUAACAACGUCGAGGAAAUGACUUAG